CACCCACGUACAGUGAGAGAUAGCGGACCUAUCUCUAAUGUCCAAUAUCUAGCCUAACGCGCUGACAGGAACAUCUGCCGAAUAACCACAGACAGGCCCGCCAUGAUUUCCAGACUGGUUCCCCUCGUUCUCGUCGUGUGUUUCUGUGCUGCGCUUCGACUGGAAAACCGACAAGUGUCAGGUUGUUACUAUGAAGGCGUCACUCACCGCCAGGGGGAGAGCUGGACCAUCCCAUGCAAGAUGACGUGCACGUGCGUUGAUGCAACAGUGGGAAAAUACGAGUGUAAAAAUAUCUGUCCAACGUACAAAGACUUGCCAGCACAGUGCCAACUGAUAAAAGCACCAGGAGAGUGCUGUAGCAAACCUCAGUGCAACUUCCAACCUUCAGGGCACGGCAGUGGGGGAACACAGAUAAUAAGUGGUACUGGCACUGGUUCGAUGACUGGAGGAACAUCAAAUAACUGUGUAGACAAACUACCCAACUGUAAGAGUUAUGGACAGACGAUAUGCACCCAGUACCAACAGUGGGCCGCGGAUAAGUGUGCGAAAUUCUGUGGCAAAUGUUCAGGAUCAGCAACCGGUACUGGUACAUUUACUGGAACUGGGACUGGAACGAUGACCGGAACUGGAACAGGGACUGGAACAAUGACCGGAACUGGGACAAUGACCGGAACUGGGACUGGGACUGGGACUGGGACUGGAACCAUGACUGGAACUGGAACUGGGACUGGAACCAUGACCGGAACUGGGACUGGAACGAUAAUCGGAACUGGAACUGGAACGAUGACAGGAACCGGAACUAUAAUCGGCACGUGCGUGGACAAAAUAAGCAACUGCGUCGCGUUUGGACAGACUGUCUGCGGCAAUGCGGUAUAUUCCAAGUGGGUGGACUCCAACUGCAGGAAGUUCUGUAACAAAUGCGGUUCGUCGAGUACCGGCACGGGUACAAUCUAUCAACCGGGCACUGGAAUAAUGCCUGGCACAGGCACGGGAACGGGCACCGGCACACACACAGGCACAGGAACGGGCACCGGCACACACACAGGCACAGGAACGGGCACCGGCACGGGAACGGGAACCGGCACAUACACAGGCACGGGAACGGGAACCGGCACAUACACAGGCAUGGGAACGGGCACCGGCACCGGCACCGGAACGGGCACUGGCACCGGCAUAUACACAGGCACGGGAACGGGCACCGGCACCGGCACAGGAACUGGAACAUACACAGGCACGUGCGUGGACAAGAUAAACAACUGCGUCGCGUUUGGACAGUCUGUCUGCGGCAAUGCGGUAUAUUCCAAGUGGGUGGACUCCAACUGCAGGAAGUUCUGUAACAAAUGCGGUUCAUCGAGUACCGGCACGGGUACAAUCUAUCAACCGGGCACUGGAAUAAUGACUGGCACAGGCACGGGCACUGGCACCGGCACGGGAACAGGCACCGGCACACACACAGGCACGGGAACCGGCACCGGCACAUACACAGGCACGGGAACCGGCACCGGCACAUACACAGGCACGGGAACCGGCACCGGCACAGGCACAUAUACAGGCACGGGAACGGGCACUGGGACAUACACAGGAACAGGGCAAGGAAGUGCAGUACAUACUGGCGGCUCGUUUUCAGGAACAAGUUCUGGUUGUGCUUUUCAAGGACGCAUCUACACCCAGGGGCAAACAUUUGAUGACGGGUGCAAAAUGACGUGUACCUGCACUGACGCCGCCAAGGGACAGUACUCGUGCACUAGCAAAUGCGUCACGUGGCAGCUAGCCCCAUCCUGUCAACUGUUGCCGCCAAACCCCGGAAAGUGCUGCAAACGCCCAUCAUGCCCGCCUGGCGUCGCUAUUUCGUAUCCACCCGGAUACACCGAGGUGUAGUUUAACUUGGAAUAAUAAUCACAUCUAAGUUUGGCCAUUGAGUCUGUCGUUAAUACUUAAACUAUACAGAGAGCUAAUGCUAAAUACAAAUAAAGAAGGUUGUUUCAAAGAGAA